AGUCUCUCCUUAUCGUGACUAACUAGUUUUUUUAAGUACAGUAGCUAUAGCUUGUUUCGUCCCGGACAACGCAGCCUAGCCGCGGACCUUAAACCCUGAAGCUUGACGAUGCUCUUUUCGUAUUUCCCUCUUGCUAUUUGAAAUGUAUUCGUGACUUCCCUCUUCAUGAUAGACAGAGUAAAAAAAGGCAUGCCCUUGCUGAAGUCAAGCCAGUCUUUGCAAAUGUGUGUCUUACGACUACCCAUUCGCCAGAGGUCAGUGCUCCAAAAUCAAAAACGACACGCAUAAUAUAUCCCAUUAUUAGAGAGAAGGCACGGGAAAGAGACACCUUUUGUGCGGCUGCAGUCAUCAAAACACCUUUUGAAGCGGCACUGGUGAUUCUGGUGCAGUAAUUGUGACAAAUAUACGCCUUCAAGCGAAACUACUAUUGUACCAGUACAUAUUCAGUCGUUAAUACGAACAAGAGAAACAACUCGAUAAUACCUUCUGCUUCUCUUUCUUCUUCUUCCGCUUCUCCUUCGCGAGAACAACGACCAACGACCCAAGAGCAACAUCUUCUUCGCCUUCUACAAGUAGAGAACAAGAACAACGACCACAACGACAUAAAAGAACCAUCCGCAAGAUAAUGUGGUCAGGUAUGAGAAUGCCACGAGGCGGUUACUCCGCAGGCGGCGCAACAGGUUCCUCUUAUAGGGACACUGGGAAAGUGGAGGCGUUCUUUAAAGUGUACAGCGGUGGUGAAGACACGAUACCAGUAGAGGGAACGGAAAAGCUUUGCGGUAUUCAUCUUGUUUACUCUCUUUGGCUUCGAAGUAUGUGGUGUUACUUUUUACUGAUAUAAGUGGUUUCUUGAAGGUACGAAGCCGAAAGUAGGUAUGCAAUUAUUAGGUGCUGUGAUAAGUUUGAGAUUUUAAUGCUGACGUCGACGUCGAGCGAUAAGACAGUUUUGUUGUUCUAGUAGUAAAUCAUCUUUCUCAUGAUCAACAAGGUGAUUGCGGUUUUUCAACGUUAGACCCAGUGGCGCUUGUCCUUUGUUACCAUUGUGGUGCGAAGCAGAUGGGGAGCUUCACGAAGCAAGAAUUUCUUCAUGGUAUAGCAGAGUAGUUUAUAGCACGCAUGGUGCAUGGAGUAGCAUGGAGUGCAUGAAGCGCAGAGCUUUAAGGGGCGCAAGAAGCUCCCCCUUUAGCUCCAUGCUACUCCAUGUGAUCCAUGCACUCCGUGCCAUGUGAGCUGUGAGACCUUAUAAAUUGCUCCAGUAUAGUUUCUUGAUUUGGAUCCUCAUUGUCAUUCUUCCUAUUGGGGCCUAUACCAGUGUUUCCAACCAUGGUUCCACGAUCUUCAAAAAAUCUAUGUUGACUAUGCUAUGCGUAUGCGCAACCACAUCACAACAUCAAGUAAGGACAAGAAUAAGAUUAUGAGCAUUCAUGUUCUUCAUGUCCCUUGAUGUUCCCACUUUUUACACUUUUUAUGGCAGGCAUGGCAGUUCUAGGCGCACAGUCAGUGGAAGAAUUACGUGAAAGGGUAGCGGAUAUGAGAAGUCAGCUUCAUCCGAAGCAUCCAUUAUCGAAGAAAAUCUACAGCAAUGUCUUCCUUUUAUCGCUAGACCCUGGGCAGAAACAGCUAGGGAAGGAGGUACUCUCUUAACUCCUGUACGAGUUACAAAAACCUCCCUUGGCUGUCAAGCUCAUGGCGUGACUGAGACUGUGACUCUGAUAUUGAUCAACAUUAACUCAAAUGAGGAUGCAUUCUUUAUUGUGGGCAUCACGCCGCAUUUCCAUAACUUCUAUCGAUUUCAUUUGAUUUCAUUUUCGAUAUUCUUCUUCCUCCGUUACGUCCAGACGGGCAAUAUCCAUCUCCAGCACGACUCCGAAACCAAAAAAUACAACAGAUGGCUAUCGAAAUCUGGAAGUUAAUGCUUCCGUUGUACGGUAACGGAGAGCUUGCCGAGAAUUGGCUUGACUAUUAUGAAGCCAAAAUCUGUUAUCAUUAUCGUACUUUUCUAGUACUUAAGAAACUUGAUAAUGAUAACAGAUUUUCGUUUCAUAACUAUGUGGAGAAUACUAGUACGAAACCAGCGAUAUCCAAAGACGUUUGGAACAUGGUAUUCGACUUGAUCACAACCUGUGCCAAAGACAUGAGCGACUACGACGACGACGGCGCCUGGCCAGUGAUGAUAGACGACUUCGCUGCACACGUAAGAAGUCAACAGAGAGCGGGGGAAAAUCAGCAAGGAGACUAGACGCCUGGUGACGCCGUCGACAGGAGCUGAUGAGUUUUUGUCACAAGGAGAAGCUCAAAAGUCUAUCAGAGACAGAGGAGAUGCUCAAAGUCAAAAUUCUGGUGGCAUUGCCCUCGUUGAACACUUCAAGAAAUUGACUUUGAGACGAAUGUCAUUGUGAUGAGUAAAUUGACCGAACAAACCAACAUGCAGGCCACCAGCAUGAGCAUAAGGAUAAGCAUAUAUUGAACAAAUAUUAAGGAACCCCCUAUUCCCUUCGCACCAUAAUCGCAUAAGCAUUCAUAGCAAGAUAUAAAGAUAUUCUAAAAGAUUUAUUUAUCACGAAGUAGAGA